UACCUGGCCAUCAGCGCUAGGCGGCGAGAGAGGUCGACCGAGCAGACUGCAGGUCCUAGCAGUUGCGGUAGGUUUCGACAGCCUGGCAAGUCCUUCGGCGUGAUGUAACAACUCUUCGGCCGCGGUGUUGUGGUUCGGUGCAUCAGUAUUUAGGAAGUGUCAAUGGCGAAACGAGCUUCAGUGCCAAAGAAUCAGAAGAAUCGAGGACAGGAACCCUUCCGCAGCCAUGAAAGCUAAGGAGACUAAACAAAAUGACUUGUCCGCUGACCCUGCGUGCGCCACUUAUAUCAACUGUGGCGAAGAAGAUCAAAUGGAAGUGUACGGGUACACGUGGAGUCGUUUCCGGUCAGUUGCCACGUGGUCGGGUGUGAUUCUGACGCUAGGGGUGCUUCGCCUUGUGUUUCACUGGUACCCCCAGUGGCUACUGUACGCCACUCACACCCCCUGCACCCUCGAUGUCGCUACUAAACUGCUUGUGGUGGACAAUUAUAUGGGGAGAUUCAAGACGUAUUUCGUAAAGGAGGUGAAGACAAUUUCAACACACACCGUGAGAUUGAGCACAGUCGGGGCGGCUGAGACGCCCUCGAGUCUGUCCGACGUCAAUGACGGAGUUCGCGCUCAGCUAAACAACGGCUCCACCAAAGACAUCCAGGAAUGUAGAGCCGUGUGGAUCAAGAAACUGUGCUACAUCUGGGACGAAGAUCGAUCCGAGUUCGUCAAGUUGGUCGGCUUGGACAAGGGUCUUACUAAGGCAGAACUCCACAAGUACUCGGGAUUCAACGAGUACCAGCAACAGAAGAGACAAAUCAUUUACGGCUUUAACGACAUUCCAGUGGAGGUGCAAAGUCUCUGGAAAUUGCUUCUCCUGGAAGUCAUCAACCCGUUCUACAUCUUCCAGUUGUUCACACUGUGCGUGUGGGCCGCGGAAGGCUAUUACUACUACCUUAUUGCCAUCGUCCUUAUGACGUGUUUCGGCGUCUUUUCUACCAUCCUACAGACACGAAAGAAUCAGCAAAGUCUGCACGACACCGUUCACUCCUGCGACGUAGUGACCGUGUGGAGGGGCGGCGACAGGUAUGAGGAGAUUCCGACGACGAAGCUCGUACCCGGUGACGUCAUCACUAUCCCCACCCACGGCUGCAACAUGGAAUGCGACGCCUUGCUGUUAAGUGGGACCUGCAUUGUCAAUGAGAGCAUGCUAACAGGCGAGAGUGUGCCGGUAAAUAAGACGUCCCUUCCACGUCUCUCAGGCGUUCUUUACGACCCCAAGGAAGACAUAAACCACACGCUCUUCUGCGGCACCAAGGUAAUACAAACACGUUUCUAUGGAAACGAGAGAGUGCGCGCGGUGGUUCUGCGCACUGGGUUCCUCACCGCCAAGGGCAGUUUGGUGAGGUCAAUCUUGUACCCACCUCCCGCAGACUUCAAGUUCGACCAAGAUUCCUACAAGUUCAUUGGUAUCCUGGCCGCUAUAGCAGCCGUCGGAUUCGUAUAUACCCUCGUGCUCAAGAUUGGAAAGGCAGUGCCAGCUGGCGACGUGGCGAUAAAGGCCCUCGAUCUGAUAACAAUCGUCAUACCUCCGGCCCUGCCAGCGGCGCUGACAGUGGGCAAGCUGUACGCCCAGAACAGGCUGCAGGCCCGCAAGAUCUAUUGCAUCAACUCCAGGAUAAUCAACGUUGCUGGCUCCAUCAACUGCGUGUGCUUCGACAAGACGGGGACGCUCACGGAGGAUGGGCUGGACAUGUGGGGUGUUCUGCCAGUGGGAGAGCAGCGGUUUCAGGUGGUCGUCAAAGAUAUGAAACUUCUGAGCAGAGGACCGCUCCAGCUCGGCAUGGCCUCCUGCCACUCCCUCACGCUCAUUGACGGCGCACUGUCGGGAGAUCCCCUAGACGUAAAGAUGUUCGAGGCGACUGGUUGGAAGCUGGAGGAACCAGAGGUGGUUGAUCAGCAGAAGUACGAUUUGAUCGUCCCCACCAUCGUCAAAUGUCCAACAGCGAACGACCACCACGACGACGGGCUUCCGUCAGCGAUUUCGCUGCUCCAUCAGUUCCAGUUCUCGUCCACCCUACAGCGCAUGAGCGUGGUGACACGGGCCCUAGGGUCGCAGGACUUGGUGCUGUAUUGCAAAGGAUCACCCGAGAUGAUCGUUUCGCUGUCACGGCCCGAGACAGUGCCUGAGGACCUUAACAGCACGCUGGAGGAGUACACGGAGCAGGGCUACAGGGUCAUCGCCCUGGGCAGGCGCCCUCUGGCCGAGAGCAGCUACGGCAAAAUUCAGCGCAUGCGUCGCGAGGAGAUCGAGCAGGACUUGGAGUUCCUGGGUAUGAUCGUGUUGGAGAACAGGUUGAAACCGGAGACCGAGCCUGUGAUUGGUGUGCUGAAGGGGGCGCAGCUCAAGAUCAUCAUGAUAACGGGGGACAACAUCCUCACAGCCGUCAGCGUGGCUAAGGAGUGCGGCAUCAUCGCCCCUGGCGAGGCCGUGGUGACUGUGACAGCCGUUCCCGAGGUCAAGGGCACUCGCGCCAGGGUCUUCUACACCUCGCCGAAAGACCUGGUAGCUCCGGUAGCUAACGGACGACAUGACGUAGAGGCAGGGACAGGUCAGACGAGCUUCAAGCUGGCGCUGACAGGAAACACGUGGGCCAUUAUCAGAGACAGACUCCCGGAGCUGCUUCCACGCAUUUGCACCAGGGGAGCUGUGUUCGCGCGAAUGAGUUCCGACCAGAAACAGCAGCUGGUACAAGAACUACAGUCACUAGGCUACUACGUGGCAAUGUGUGGCGACGGAGCGAACGACUGUGGCGCACUGAAGGCGGCGCACGCCGGAAUUUCACUCUCCGAAGCAGAAUCGUCCGUGGCGUCUCCGUUCACGUCCCGGGAGGCGAACAUCUCGUGCGUCCCCAGGGUGAUCCGCGAGGGACGGGCGGCCCUGUCGACGUCAUCAGGGAUCUUCAAGUUCAUGGUGGCGUAUUCGCUGACCGAGUUCCUCUCCUGCAUCAUUCUGUACUCCGUGGAGAGCAAUCUCACGGACCUGCAGUUCCUCUUCAUCGACAUUUGCCUCAUCGUCAACUUUGUCUUCUUCUUCGGCAAGUCCGAGGCUUACGACGGGCCCCUGGUCAAGGACCCGCCCCUCACGAGCCUCCUCUCCUUCAUCCCGCUGGCGUCCAUCGCGCUGCACGUGGUCGUAGUAGCGGCCGUCGAGAUCUGUGCCUUCUUCUGGGUCAGGGACUUCCCCUGGUAUUCGCAGUACACGAAAGACCCGGACAGUUACGAGUGUUACGAGAACUACGCCGUGUACUCUGUUUCCCUCUUCCAGUACAUUGCAGCGGCCGUGACGUUCUCGCAGGGCAAGCCCUACAGGAAGGGAAUCCACACAAAUGUGGCCCUCGUGGCGUCUCUUGUCAUCAUGACCGUGAUCUGCGCGUACAAGACGUUGUACCCGGCGCAGUGGAUAUUGAACGUUAUGGCUUACAUCCAGCCACCAGUCUUCAACUUCAAGGUGAUCGUGCUUUGUCUGGCAGUCAUCCAUUUCCUGACGGUCAUGUUCACUGAGGAUUUCGUCGUAAACUACGUCCUGGCUAAGGUCGUCAGGCCUAGGUGGAGGAAGCUGACGGGUUUUGGUGCAGAGGGAAAGAAGUAUCUCGCCGUAGACAAAGAGCUCGCGACCGAGAAAUGGCCGCCUGUCACCUCUCAACUUCCGAUCAAACUCAACGCUUCGGUCACUGAAAUACGAGAACCGCCACAAACCGUCGAGAUUCACAUGAAAGCCCAAGGCGGACCAGACGUUCCUCUGGUCCGCCGUCAGAUUUGCGACCAGGCUUUGUAAGUGAAGUCUCAUCCCGUGGGAAGGGAAGGCUCACGAUGGAGGAUAAACGUUAACACGCUAAUAGCCUAAUGACAAAUUUAACGAAUCGUUGCAUCAGUCAUAAUGCUGUGACGAUUAGUUAAUUAAUUUAAUUAGGAACAUAUUUUUUUAGCACCUUGUACUUAAAGUUGUAUUACCUUCGAUGCGGUCAAUUCUUGUGACAUAAGCGCGCCUUUACAAAGUGUACCUUUCAAAAAACAUUGUGUUGUACAAACACUUGUUGUGUUUUCGUUCACAAGACUGAACACUUGCGAGAUGAAGUUGAAGCUUCACAAAGCAGGAAAAAAAUGUUCAACACUAAAAAAUUCAUCCAUGGUCAAUACACGUAACGGAAUAUAAUAUAUGCAUUAGACUAAUAUAGAACAGCCAGUCUGUGUCCUAUGACGUGUUCACACAUUGAACUAUGAAGCAUAAAUAUUAACAACUUAAAAUUAGACUUUGGGAUCGCUGAUGUCUUCUUAGGGACUGAUAUUUCUUUUCGUGCCCCGUAACAAUUUUAAAUCUCUGGCGCAUGCGCAUUGUUACUUGUAAUUACAGCAAAACUCGCCGUUCAUCUCAAAAUCUUACAAACAUUUACGCAGUUUAAAAUAUUAAUAAGCCUGAUUUUGUGAGGACUUCCCCCUUCUGCCCUCGGAGCAGCGAAGUAUUGACAGAUAAAACAAGACUUAUUUAUGAAUCUUGUAUUAUCGAACUAAUCAGUAUUCAGACCGCAUGCUAAAUAUGCAGGAUUAAUAUUUACGGAGUUAAAACGAACUCUGUUGCAUAUCUGCUUUCAUUAUUUGCUCAUUUAAAGUUCGGGUGACUGACUAUAUUGUGACGUAGGUUACCUUUCGUGAGAACGUGUUUUCCUCUGCCCUAUAUUUUUAAAUUUUAGAAGUCUACGAUAAAAUUUAAAGUUGACGAAGAAAGGAAAAUGUACGAUACUCGCUCGUUCCUGUGUCGGCAUUGCUGUCUCCGUCUUAGAUCGCCGGAGUUGAACCGCGCGAUUCUGACCUUAAACAACAAAAACGUAUUCCAAAAAUUUACAGUUACUUCUGAAGUUAAAAAAAAAAAAAAAAAAAAAUGAAAUGAAAUGUAAGAACGAGAAAUCUUUUAUCAGACUUAAGAAUCUGAAUUUUCCUACGCUUUUCCGCAGGUUUUACGCCGUCUGAUUUCGUUUCGUGAGAGUGGUUGACGUGUCCUGCACUUGAUUUAGGCAAGUCGCCUAAAACAGCGCUGCAGAUUAUGAUAUUAACCGGAUGUGCCUACAUUUUUAAAGAAAAUGCAGUUUGUUCUUAACACAUCUGCCCUAUGUACCGAUGGAAUAAGCCAUCUUUAUUAUAAUUGUGUAUUACAUUUUAUUGCUUGUAAUGUGUAUGUCUGUAAAAUUAUAAGAACGGGUUGAAGGUAUGUAUAUAUACAAAGGUAUUGUUGCCUGCGUAAACUGCUCAAGAUUCAACCAUUGUUGUGGACUCAGGUUCUGCUAGACAUUAAAAGCGCUGUGCUUUUGUUCCAGAACCGUGUCCAUUUGAAGUGACCAUAAACUUUUUAAGGUGUACAUUGCACGAUAAUACAUAUGUUUUAUUUUUCAACAAUAAAAUUUUAUCACGUACAGAAAAAUA